CCACCUUCCCUACUUCCAGACCGAAACCCGAUCCCUUUCUUCCUACAACUUCUUCCAUCCUCCUUACAACUUCAACUCAAAAUAUCUCCCCUCGCGAUUUACCUUCGCAUUCUUACAUUCUAUCAGGUCGCACUGUCCUUUCAAUCGUCCGAUUGAUAAUAUAUUUCUAACGAUCUGUGUUGCUCAACUCAGACCGUUACCUCUACCCCAACAAUCAAUCAAACAAACAAAGAAAUCUCGAUAUUUCACUUCAACUCGACACUCUAAUUUUUCAAGAAGUUCGUCCGAUUCUCCUGCUUGUGCUCGCUGACUUGAUUGUCUUUUGCGAUUUGAUUCCAAAAUUCAUUCCACAUCACAUCACCUUCCUAUUCCAUACAUCCGUUUUGCGGAUACCUGUUUUGCCUCGAUGUAUCUUUCUUUGUGUGAUCCGUCCGUCUCUCGUAUGCACAACUCCCGCCUGAAAUGGCGCGAUCCUUUUUGUGUGAAUGCGUGCGGACAUUGAGACUUUCAGCCAGGUUUUCGAUAAUAUUCAAUCAUGUCUAAAUUAUUCAUUGGGUAAGUCUAAACAUCGACAUUCUAUUCCAAAUCAUCACUUGACAGAUUGACUAACAUUCAUCAUUAGUGGCCUUGCUUGGCACACAGAUGAGGAGGCUCUCCGUAAGAAGUUCUCUGAAUUCGGAACUGUUGAAGAAGCAGUAUGUCUCACGCUCCCUUUAUCGAUAAGCUCGUCUUGAAGAUAAGAAACUGAUGCAAUUAAUACAGGUUGUUGUCAAGGACCGCGACACUGGUCGUAGCCGUGGUUUUGGCUUCGUUCGUUAUGGACAAGGCAACGACUCAUCUCCAGAGGCAGAUGCUGAGAAGGCCAUUCAAGAAAUGAAUAGCGUCGAGUAUGAUUAUCCCACUAUAUCUACUCCUGAUCUAAUACUAAUAUGCAUAAAGAUUCGAUGGCCGUACUAUUCGUGUCGACAAAGCCUCCGAACGUUCAGGAAAUGACCGCUCUGGUGGUGGCGGCGGAUUCGGUGGUGGCCGAGGCGGCGGUGGAUAUGGAGGCCGUGGUGGUGGAGGUGGAUAUGGAGGCGGCGGUGGAGGAUACGGAGGUGGUCGUGGAUACGACAACAACAACUCCAGUGGUGGUUACUCCGGAGGUGGUGGAUAUAGCGGGGGUAAGACUUCUUCCAAACGGUUUCUCCUCAAUGAUGCAUGAAUUAAUUAUACUGACGAUUGAUAAAAUAGGCGGUGGCUACUCUGGUGGUGGAGGUAUGCAAUCCCACUAGACAAGUCUGUCGUGAAUAUUUGAAUAGCAUUUACUAACGGUUGAAAUUAUAAAGGCUACAAUGGAAGUGGAGGUGGCGGUGGCAGUAUGUUGCACCACGAACAUCCCUUCUUACAAGUAUACUAAUUGUCCAUAGGUUACUCUGGUGGCGGUGGUGGUGGAUAUUCCGGUGGAGGAGGAUAUGACCGUGGACAAGGUGGUGGAAACGCUGGCCAGUGGGGCAAUCAAUAGAUUGCUUUUCCAGUGGGACGGUGUUUUUCCUCAAUCUUCAACAAGAAAAGUCAAUUCCUGGGGUGUUUUCCGCGAAAUUCUGUUGUGUGGUGGAUUUUAGGAUGUUGUCCUUCUCGAUGGCAGCUUGAUUUUAAUCUCGUGGCUUCUGGCAGCGGUUCUGGCCUGGCGAGCUAUAUGCUUGCAUGGAGUUCGGAAGGGGUAUCUUACCUUGCUCGAUCACUAUUUCUUUGAACAUCUCACGAAUGUUUUUCAAUUCUGCCUGUAUUUUCGGCUCUCGGUCACUUUGAUCGAGGUCUCUUUAUGAAGGUCUGCAUCUUUGCAGGUCUCUCUAAUGGUCUCUAUGGCAAUAAUACCCCACGGAGGGAAUGAACGAGUGGCUCUUUCACGCAUUACUUUUCAGUCUCUUCUUGCUCAUCCGUGCUUUUAACCUUUUUGAGCUCAUGCUCUAUAACUUCCGUGUGACUUGCUUCUGCUUCGACACCUAUUCGCCCCAUGGCAAUCUUCCGAACUCUAUUUGCCAGGUCCUUGACAUGCUCAUCCCCGCUCUCAGGACUCAGCUCAUCCACUAAAUA